GGCGCUGGGUCCUGCUCGGGCCGCGUCCCCGCCUCGCCGCCCGUCCGCGCCCGCGCCCCGCCGUUGGGCCGCGCCGCGCCGGCAUGUCGGGCCCCGGGCCGCGGGAGCCGCCGCCUGAGGCGGGCGCGGCGGGCGGCGAGGCGGGCCCCGAGGGCGCGGGCGGCGGGGACGCGGCGCUGGGCGAGCCGGGGCUGAGCUUCACGACCACGGACCUGAGCCUGGUGGAGAUGACGGAGGUGGAGUACACGCAGCUGCAGCACAUCCUCUACUCGCACAUGGAGGCGGCGGACGGCGAGCUCGAGGCGCGCCUCGGCUCCGCGCUGCUGGCCGGGCCCGGCGCGGGCGCGGGCGCGGCGGGCGCGCUGGCCCCGGCGCCGCCGGUCUACCCGGUGCUGUGCCCGCCGCUGGCGGCCGACGCGCCCUGCCUGGGCCACGUCGACUUCCAGGAGCUGCGCAUGAUGCUGCUGGGCGAGGCGGGCGCGGCCGAGAAGACCCCGGGCGGGACGGACGCGGCGCGGGCGCGGGCCGACGGCGCGGCCAAGGAGGGCGCGGGCGCCGCGGGGCCUGAGGGCGCGCCCGAGGCCCGGGCCAAGCCCGCCGUGCGCGUCCGCCUGGAGGACCGCUUCAACAGCAUCCCGGCCGAGCCCCCGCCGGCGCCGCGCGGCCCCGAGCCCCCCGAGCCCGGCGUGGCGCUCAACAAUUUGGUGACUCUUAUUCGGCAUCCAUCAGAAUUAAUGAAUGUUCCGCUUCAUCAGCAACAAAACAAAUGUACAACGUUAGUGAAAAACAAAACUGCUGCUGCCACUACUGCUUUGCAGUUCACCUAUCCACUGUUCACAAGCGCGUGCUCCACCGGCGGGAACUCCAGCCUUGCCCAGACACAGAGUUCUAGUAAUUCAUGUUCUAUACUGGAAGCUGCCAAGCAUCAGGAUAUUGGACUGCCUAGAGCAUUUUCGUUCUGUUACCAGCAAGAGAUUGAGUCCUCUAAACAGACUUUAGGUAGCAGGAACAAAGCUUUGCCCGAGCAGGUUUGGAUUAAAGUGGGAGAAGAAGCGCUAUGUAAACAAGCCAUAAAUAAGAGGAAUCGGAGUAGGAUCCGUCAGCUGGACACAAGUAUAGAACGGAGAGCCCUGGGAGAGAUCCAGAAUGUGGGUGAAGGCUCCACGGCGGCACAGGGUGCCUGGCAGUGCUCAGAAUCCUCCCAGUCUACCCUGGGGGAGCCGACGCAGAGCGGCCCCCAGGGAGGAAGGUCUCAGCGUCGGGAGAGGCAUAACCGAAUGGAAAGAGAUAGAAGGCGCAGAAUCCGAAUUUGCUGUGACGAGCUGAAUCUUUUAGUUCCGUUCUGCAACGCAGAGACAGAUAAGGCAACAACCCUUCAGUGGACCACGGCCUUCCUGAAGUAUAUUCAGGAAAGACACGGGGAUUCUCUUAAAAAGGAAUUUGAGAGCGUGUUUUGCGGUAAAACUGGCAGAAGGCUAAAGCUGACCAGACCGGACUCCUUGGUGACCUGCCCGGCCCAGGGGAGUCUGCAGAGCAGCCCCGCGAUGGAGCUCAAGUGACUGGACUGAACCGGGACGCGGGGUGAACGGCACUCCUGCGGGACCGCGCCCAUGUUCUUCGUUCCUGGAGCCCCUCUCUGACGGCCCACCUCGAAAAGGGACAUGCUCGGGCGAUGGGACUCCAGCAGGGACGUUGAGAGCACAUUUUGUGAAAGUAUGUAUCUAAAGCAAAAUACGUACCCAUGAAUGUCCUAAUGACCAUUUGAGGAUAAAGACAUCUUGAUAAUUUGUAAGUAAUUUUUCAAUUAUCUGUCUGAUUUCCAUCAUGUGUUCUUAACAUGAUAGCUUAAGAAAUUAACAUCCUUUGCCAUUUUUUUUUAGUCUUAACAAGACUAGAGAAAACAUUUCUUUUUACUUAUUUUAUUUAUAUUUUAAAUAUGCCCCUUUAGCGAUUGGAAAUGUAAAUUGUUAACUAGUAGUUUGGAGAUUUUAUUUCAUGUGUUGUAUCCCUUCCCGCGGUAACGCUCCCCGUCUCAUGGUACUAAAAAGUACAGCACUCUUCUGAAACAUUUUGCAAAAAAUUUUCCAGAUACUUCUUUAAAGGUACUUUUGUCCAUAAAUAUUUUCUCAAUAGAUGCUUACAUGCUCAUAUUUUCAUAUUGUGAUUCAUUACUUUAUGUGAAAUAAACUGUGUUUGGAAC